CCUCCUCCCUCCCCGCCUCCCGCCCCGCCUCCCGCCGCAGGGCCAGGAAGCGCGGAAGGAACUGCCAGGGGCCAUGGACGGAGCCGAGAUGGAAGGGCCGCUCUUUUUGCAGAGUCAGCGCUUUGGGACCAAGAGGUGGAGGAAGACCUGGGCUGUGCUCUACCCGGCCAGUCCCCACGGUGUGGCGCGGCUCGAGUUCUUUGACCCUAAGGGGUCGAGCUCUGGAGGUGGCCGAGGGAGCUCGCGCCGCCUGGACUGCAAGGUGAUCCGUCUGGCUGAGUGUGUGAGUGUGGCCCCCGUCACGGUGGAGACCCCUCCUGAGCCCGGCGCCACUGCCUUCCGCCUGGACACUGCUCAGCGCUCGCACCUGCUGGCGGCCGACGCACCGUCCAGUGCAGCCUGGGUGCAGAUGCUGUGCAGAAAUGCCUUUCCGAAAGGCAGCUGGACUACCGAUAACCCACCUAAGCUUUCUGCCCUGGAGAUGCUGGAGAACUCCUUGUACAGCCCCACCUGGGAAGGAUCCCAAUUCUGGGUAACGGUGCAGAGGACUGAGGCCGCCGAGCGCUGUGGCCUGCAUGGCUCCUACGUGCUGAGGGUGGAGGCUGAGAGGCUGACUCUCCUGACCGUGGGAACCCAGAAUCAGAUACUGGAGCCACUCCUGUCCUGGCCUUACACUCUGUUGCGUCGCUAUGGCCGGGACAAGGUCAUGUUCUCUUUUGAGGCCGGCCGCCGCUGCCCCUCGGGCCCUGGAACCUUCACCUUCCAGACGGCACAGGGAAAUGACAUCUUCCAAGCAGUUGAGACUGCCAUCCACCGGCAAAAGGCCCAGGGAAAGGCAGGGCAGGGGCACGAUGUUCUCAGAGCUGACUCCCAUGAAGGGGAGGUGGCAGAGGGGAAGUUGCCUUCCCCACCUGGCCCCCAAGAGCUCCUCGACAGUGCCCCAGCCCUGUAUGCUGAGCCCUUAGACUCCCUGCGAAUUACUCCACACCCUUCCCAGGACUCCCUAUACUCAGACCCCUUGGACAGCACCCCUGCUCGGGCAGGAGAGGGAGUACAACGGAAGAAAGUGCUCUAUUGGGACUUGUAUGAGCAUGCGCAGCAGCAGUUGAUGAAGGCCAAGCUGACGGACCCCAAAGAGGAUCCCAUCUAUGAUGAACCUGAGGGCCUGGCCCCAGCCCCUCCCCAGGGCCUUUAUGAUCUGCCUCGGGAGCUCAAGGAUGCAUGGUGGUGCCAGGCUCGGGUGAAGGAGGAAGGCUAUGAGCUCCCCUACAACCCUGCCACUGAUGACUAUGCUGUGCCACCCUCCCGGAGCACAAAGCCCCUCCCUGCUCCCAAGCCCCAGGGCCUAGCCUUACCUGAACCUGGUACUGCAACUGGCAGUGGCAGCAAAAGCCACAAUUCAGCCCUGUACAGCCAGGUCCAGAAGAGCGGAGCCUCAGGGAGCUGGGACUGUGGGCUCUCUAGAGUAGGGACUGACAGGACUGGGGUCAAGUCAGAGGGCUCUACCUGAGAAGGAGGGCAAGGCUGAGGUCGCUGAGGAGGACCAUGGGGAGGUGGCACUUGGGUCAAAGAAAAUGGUUAGAACCAGCAGAAGCCAGAGGGUGGGAGGAGCCGUGCUGUGUGAGAGCAGGGGACCAGAGGGAUGGGGGAAGUCAAGGGAAGGACUAUCCCAGGAAGUCCUAAGAAGUGGGACAGAUGACAGGCCUGAGGGAUGGACUCUACCUCCCCCUAAUACCAUCCCUUCCCCACUUCCCCAAAGGAAGGGACAGCUGCGGGAGCAGGUCUGUGGAAAGUGGGGCAUGGUAAGAGUGGUUGCAGUUUGAGGGCCUGUGUGGAGGUCUCGGAGAUGCUGGAAUGUGCCUGGAUCCUUACCCCUGCAUUGUUCUUUGCCAGAUAUCUAUUUCAAAAUUUUAAAAUUCUCAUUAAAGUCAGCUUGGGUUUAAGAA